GAGGCCCAGAAUUCUUCCGGCGGGACACGUGGGAGGGAACUGUGGGGAAUUUGAGGAGUCUGAAGGCCAAAAAAGUUGGGAGGUUUGUAGGACCUGAAAGAAUCCUUCAAGAUGAAGCUGAGUCUUACCAAGGUAGCUAAUGGCUGUCGCCUAGGAAAAAUAAAAAACUUAGGCAAAGCAGGGGACGGCUCCAUGGACAUCCCAGGCUGCCUUCUGUACACCAAGACUGGCUCUGCCCCACACCUGACCCAUCACACACUGCAGAAAAUCCAUGGGGUUCCUGCCAUGGCUCAGCUUACACUGUCAUCGCUGGCGGAACAUCAUGAAGUCUUGACAGAAUAUAAGGAAGGAGUUGGGAAAUUUAUAGGCAUGCCAGAAUCUCUCUUGUACUGCUCCCUGCACGAUCCAGUCAGGCCCUGCCCAGCUGGUUAUGUAACAAACAAGUCUGUGUCUGUGUGGGGUGUUGGAGGACGAGUGGAAAUGACUGCUUCUAGGUUCAUGGCAAUUCAGCAGGCCCUCCAGCCAGACUGGUUCCAGUGCCUCUCAGAUGGAGAAGCAUCUUGUGCAGAAGCAACUUCCAUAAAAAGAGCCAGAAAGUCUGUUGACCGAUCGCUUCUAUUCCUGGAUCAUUGUCUGCGGCUGCAGGAGGAGUCAGAGGUCCUUCAAAAAAGCACGAUCAUCGGCGUGAUUGAAGGUGGAGACGUGAUGGAGGAGAGGCUGAGGUCAGCAAGAGAAACAGCCAAGCGGCCUGUAGGCGGCUUCCUUCUGGAUGGCUUUCAAGGGAACCCAGCAACUCUGGAGACUAGACUGAACUUGCUGUCAUCAGUUACCGCAGAGCUGCCGGAAGACAAACCGAGGCUCAUCUCUGGUGUUGGCCGGCCAGAUGAGGUGCUCGAGUGCAUUGAAAGAGGAGUGGACUUGUUUGAGAGUUUUUUCCCUUAUCAAGUGACAGAGCGGGGAUGUGCCUUGACUUUCAGCUUUGAUUACCAGCCGAAUCCUGAGGAGACAUUAUUACAGCAAAAUGGGACACAGGAAGAAAUAAAGUGUGUGGAUCAGACAAAGAAAAUUAAAACUACCAGUUGCAACCAAGAAAUGACAUCAUUUGAAAUUAAUCUGAAGGAAAAAAAGUACCAGGAGGACUUUGACCCAUUGGUGAGAGGGUGCUCCUGUUACUGCUGUGAGAAUCACACUCGUGCGUACAUCCACCAUCUGCUGGUGACCAGUGAACUGUUGGCUGGGGUCCUGCUUAUGAUACACAACUUUGAACACUACUUUGGAUUUUUCCACUCUAUCCGGGAAGCACUAAAAAGUGACAGACUGGCGCUGCUGAAAGAGCUCAUCCGCAGGCAAGCAUCUUGAGACCUGGCAUACAGAAGUCUGACUUCGAAUUGAGCCAGUACCACCGUGGUAAGGUGGGAAGGAGAGAACAAGAAAUGAUCUUAGCUGUCAUCAUUCGUAUUGGAGAAGAAGAUCUGCUCAGACAAGGAACGUGCAUACCAAACUCUGUCCACGUGAGGCCAAAGAGAUUUUUUUCUAAAGACUUAAGUGACCUGGAUUGAUCAGAAAGAAUUGAAGCAUGACCUUUAAUAUUUCGGUGCUGAAAGUCAGUAGAGAUUUUUUACUCAAAGGCAAAAGCUUCAGAUGUGAAGAGACAGCCUUGAAGUGGCAGUGAUGAGGUUCUGAGGGUUCUCUGAGUGGAUUGGAGCUUCAAGGGAGAUGAUUGGUCAUGAGUAGUGUGACCCGGUGGACACAUGCCUACUCACUGAAGAAGGAAUCGGGUUGAUUCAAGUGUUUUCUCUAAUUCUUAUAUUCUCAGGGGCCUCUCUGGACCCUUCUGUCUUCCUAGCUGCCCCAGCAGUACAGUCUGUCUGAAAGGGCUCUUGUGACUUGACCAGGCUUGCCUCUCCCUGGAACGUGGGGCUCACACAUUGCUCCUGUGACCAGUUGCCCCAGCACACAUUCCUUCAUUUGGCUCCCUGGUCUGUUUGAUACUUAUCUCCCUAGACUAGCUACAUCUGGCUGUGCAGGUCUACUGUAUCCACCCUCAGGUCAUCAGUAUCAUGACCAUAACUGGCCCCAUCACUCAGGGAGAUUCCUUCACCAUGGGUUCACUUGGACAGAGCUUUGGACUGGCAGCUGGAGCAUGGGGUUCAGGGCUACUCACCUUUCAUGCUUGUUGCCUCCUGGACAAAUGGGGACAGACACAGUGGAUAGGACUGAAUGAAUUUCUAAAAUUCCAUCUAGCUCUAAUAUUUGGGGAACAAAAAGUUUUAGGUUAGAGUCGUAGCCUUACUUGUCGUUCUUGUUUAUUGAUCACUGUCAGCCUGAUGAAAAAUGCAUGAGUGCCAGGCGUCGGGCAGCCGUGGAGAUAUUUAAGAGCCUAAAAAGAGGUGUGGCCUGUGGGUUUUGAAGUGCUUGGUGAACUGGCAUUAGCAGGUCCUGAAGGCUGGAAAGACCUUCCUGGAUCAUAUCUGAUUCAGUGAGUUUUUCUGGCCCUUGUCAAAGGAGUGACAUUCGUGGCCUGGCAGGUGACUUCUUUAUUAUGUGCUUUUUUUAUAUUUAUGAAAUUUUCUAUACGAAUAUACACACACAGACAUGUAUAUACAUUUUUGUAAAAACAACAACAGAACCUAAAAGGUGCUUUCUUUAUAUUUGUAAGAGUGUAGAAUUAUAUUUGUUUUACAUUAUUGUGCUUUAUUUUGCCGUUUGUUAAUUUUAGUGGGCAUUAGUGAACAUGUUUAAAAAAUUAUUAUGUGGUUUCUAUAUUUUUAUGUGUUGAAUGGCCAUCUAUAGGUUUUUCUUUUAAUAGUGGUAUAGGCGUGUCCAUGAAUUCUGUUUUGGAAUUCACAGCUUUUGGAAUUCAUGGACCUUCUUCUGACAUCUCUCCUCUAUGAAUGGCAAAGGCACUUAUCAAAGAGAGAAUCAAAUGUUUCUUUAAUGUAAAUCUAUAGCCAAUAAACAUUUCAACUAAAAUGUAUAUACUAUAUUGUUUCCUGUAAAUAGUAGUGAAUCUAUUAAACAGAAUAUUUUAAAUUUC